AAAGCAGAGAAAAAGCAGGAAAGAAAAAGAAAAACACAAAAGAAAGGGAAGGAAAAAAGCAAAGCAAUAAAGAAAGAAAGAAAGGUAAGAGAGAGAGAGAAGAAAGACAAAGGUUCUCAAACCUCCAUGAUUUAAAUUCUCUCAACAUUAACAGGAUUUGAGUUUCCUUCCUCUACUUAAUCCAGAAUAGAGAGUCCCCCCAAACUUUCUACAAAGGCCCUGUUUGGGAGCUUCAAGAAAAAGGGAAAGGAAAAAGGGCAAGAGUGAAUUCAUCAUCAACAGAAUAUUGAUAGUCAAAACACAUUUUCUUCAGGAAGCAAUGAAUAGAGGUGUUUUGCAGAGCUCACCGCCGUUGCAGCAAAUAAUGGCCGGGAACCCUAACUGGUGGAAUAUCAAUAACAUGAGGCCACCAACUCACCAGCAAACCUCUCCUUUUAUGCCCCCUCCUUGUCUUUUUCCUCAAUAUACACCCUCUUCUUCUUCUAACUCUUCCUCUUCUACAUCAUCUUCACUUACUGUUCCGUCUUGGCAUGAUAACCAAGAUCAACUUCCAGAAUCAUGGAGCCAACUCCUCAUGGGUGGAUUGGUGGAAGAAGAUAAUAAGGGAAACAUGAACCAUUUUCAAGCUAAGAAAUUGGAGAAUUGGGAGGAGCAAAUGCUACAUCAUCACGCUUCAAGUGCCUCUGCUAUUGUGGAUGUGAAGCAAGAAAACUCAGCAAACAGCUAUGUCUAUGGACAUGCAAAUGAAGAUUUCCAGGCUGCAAAACCUAGUUGGUCUCAGAUAAUUCCUCCUGCUUCUUCUCCCAAGUCCUGUGUUACAAGUUUCAGUAGUAACAUGUUGGAUUUUUCUACCAACAAAGGAGAUGGCAAGCAUCCACCACCAGAUCGAUCCUCCGAGUGUAACAGCACUGCAACUGGUGGGGCACUUAAGAAAGCUAGGGUUCAGCCUUCUUCAACCCAAUCUACCUUUAAGGUGAGAAAAGAGAAAUUAGGUGACAGAAUAACUGCCCUUCACCAGCUAGUUUCUCCAUUUGGGAAGACUGACACAGCCUCUGUCUUGUUAGAAGCUAUAGGGUACAUCAGAUUCCUUCAGAGCCAAAUUGAGGCUCUCAGCUUGCCGUACUUGGGCAGUGGAUCCUCAAAUAUAAGGCAGCAGCAGCAGCAGCAGCAGCAACAACAAUCUGUUCAAGGCGAAAGGAAUUGUAUAUUUCCUGAGGAUCCAGGUCAGUUGUUGAAUGAUAACUGCGUAAAGAGGAAAGGAGCUUCUGAUCAGCAGGACCAUAAUGAAGAACCCAAGAAGGACUUGAGGAGUAGAGGGUUGUGUCUGGUUCCUGUCUCCUGCACUCUGCAGGUCGGAAGUGAUAAUGGAGCAGACUAUUGGGCUCCGGCUCUCGGAGGAGGAGGAUUCCGAUAGAAAGGAAUAUUCCGGUGGAUGGUAGCACACAAAGAGCUUCACAACGAUAUAACAUCAUGAGCAGUCACUCUGCAAAAAUCUAAGGCUGAUUGCUCAUGAUGCUAUACAAUUAAUGUAGCUAUAUGUGUGCUUUAGCUUGGACUUGUACAUGUCCAAAAUUAUUACCCUCUCUACGUCUUCCUCUCUAAUUUAAGAUUAAACUUACGUAUGUUCUUCCUUAAUUAAGCAGCUGUUAGCAGUUAAGAAUGUUGAUUUUCAUGUAUAUGCAGUUCUAGUAUGAUUAAUCAUUUUAAUGCUGCUUUCUGGGAGCAGCAUUCAUGAAAUCAUAUGGGUAUUUUAUUAAUUUGAUUCACGUCUUUAGUAA